AAUGCGAAGAUGGUCCCCGUUACAGGCCCCGAAGCGUUUCGUCGCUUCACUCCGGAAUCACUGGCCGAGAUCGAGAGGCUCAUUGAGGAGAGGAAAUCCGGGAAGGAAGCAGAGGGCAUGGUGCCAGAGGCUGAGCCAUCGGCACCUAGCAGUGACUUGGAGGCAGGAAAGUCUUUGCCCAUGAUAUACGGAGAUCCACCGGACGACAUGCUCAACACCCCUUUGGAAGACUUAGACCCUUUCUACAAAGCGCAAAAAACGUUUAUUGUAAUCACCAAAGGCAACACGAUCUACAGGUUUAAUGCAGAGUCAUCCUGUUACUGCAUCAGCCCAUUUAACCUCAUAAGAAGAGCCGCCAUCAGAAUUCUCAUACAUUCGCUAUUUAGCAUGCUUAUCAUGAUUACUAUUCUCUCCAACUGUGUAUUCAUGACGAUGAGCAACCCUCCUGCCUGGAGUAAAACCGUGGAGUAUGUCUUUACUGGUAUAUAUACCUUUGAGGCAGCAAUUAAAGUGGUGUCACGAGGCUUCUGUAUUGGAUCUUUCACAUUCCUUCGUGAUCCAUGGAACUGGCUGGAUUUCAUGGUGAUUAGCAUGGCGUACCUCACAGAGUUUGUUGAUCUUGGCAAUGUAUCAGCACUUAGGACGUUCCGUGUGCUCAGAGCUCUGAAAACAAUCACAGUUAUUCCAGGCUUAAAAACUAUUGUCGGAGCCCUUAUCCAGUCGGUCAAAAAGAUGGUGGAUGUGAUGAUUCUGACCAACUUUGCCUUGGCUGUAUUUGCCCUCAUCGGCCUGCAACUCUUCAUGGGGAACCUGCGCCACAAGUGUAUUCGCUGGCCCAUUUCAAACAACACGAUAGAUGAUGACUAUGCCGCUCUGAUCUCUAACACCACCUUCAUCAACAGCACUUUUGACUUCAAAGCCUACAUUGAAAACGAAGAAAACCAGUACUUUCUGGAAGGUAGCUUAGAUGCUUUACUAUGUGGCAACAGUUCUGAUGCUGGAAAAUGCCCAGAAGGGUUCACAUGCAUGAAGGCUGGAAGGAACCCGAAUUACGGCUACACCAGCUUUGACACAUUUGGCUGGGCAUUCCUUGCUCUCUUCAGGCUGAUGACUCAGGACUACUGGGAGAACCUUUUUCAGCUGACUCUUCGUGCAGCUGGGAAGACCUACAUGCUUUUUUUCGUGGUGGUUAUAUUUCUUGGAUCGUUCUACCUCAUCAACCUAAUCCUGGCAGUAGUUGCGAUGGCAUACGAAGAACAGAACCAGGCCACGAUUGCAGAGGCCCGGGAAAAAGAAGAGGAAUUUCAGAGACUGCUAGAGCAGUUGAAUAACCAAGAGCAACAGAUGCGGGCUGAAAGCAAGGCAUCACUGGCCAGUCAGACAUCUCAUAGCAGAGGCUCGGAAAUGGCCGAUGAUGGCGACGAUGUAAUAAAGGACUGUAAUGGUAGGAUCAUUCCCCGUCUGGUCAUCCAUAGAGCUCCAACUAUAGUUCAGUCAGGACCAGACGAUGAGCAAAAGGCUGACAAAAAGUCAUUGUCCUCCCAGCAUAGCAUGAUGCGCCUUGGACACCCCGGGCUCUCUCAGAGAACAGCCAGUGCCUUGAGUGUGUGCAGUGCAACUAGGGAAGAGCUGGAGGAUGCCCAGAGGCCUUGUCCUCCAGGCUGGUAUAAAUUUGCUGACAUCUUUCUGAAGUGGGACUGCUGUGCACCCUGGAUUAUCUUCAAGAAAUGGGUCCAUUUUGUGGUGAUGGAUCCUUUUGUGGACCUGGGCAUCACAAUUUGCAUUGUGCUUAAUACACUUUUCAUGGCUAUGGAGCACUAUCCGAUGAGUCCUGAAUUUGAACAUGUGCUCAGUGUCGGCAACUUGGUGUUCACUGGGAUUUUCACAGCUGAAAUGGUGUUCAAACUCAUUGCCAUGGAUCCAUAUUACUACUUCCAGGUGGGCUGGAACAUAUUUGACAGCAUCAUUGUCAGUCUUAGCCUGGUGGAGUUGGGCCUGGCCAAUGUGCAGGGUCUGUCUGUCCUUAGGUCCUUCCGUUUGCUGCGAGUCUUCAAGCUGGCUAAAUCCUGGCCCACCCUCAACAUGCUGAUCAAAAUCAUUGGUAACUCUGUGGGUGCUCUGGGGAACCUAACUCUGGUGCUGGCCAUCAUUGUCUUCAUCUUCGCCGUUGUAGGCAUGCAGCUCUUCGGCAAGAGCUACAAGGAGUGCGUGUGUAAGAUCGCUGAGGACUGUGUGCUGCCUCGCUGGCACAUGUACGACUUUUUCCAUUCGUUCCUCAUUGUCUUUCGCAUCCUGUGUGGGGAGUGGAUCGAAACCAUGUGGGACUGCAUGGAGGUAGCCGGAGAAAGCAUGUGCCUUGUGGUGUUUCUCAUGGUCAUGGUCAUAGGAAACCUGGUGGUGUUGAACCUGUUCCUUGCCUUGCUGCUCAGCUCCUUCAGCGGUGACAACCUUUCAGCGAGCGAUGAAGACGGCGAGAUGAACAAUCUCCAGAUUGCCAUCGGACGCAUCACCAGAGGCAUUGACUGGGUCAAAUCCUUUGUUGUUGGUACUAUAAGGCAGUUGCUGUGCAGGAAGCCUCCCGAGGGCGACACGGGAGGGACGGAAUGCGAAGAUACGGGCAAAAAAGAAAGCCUUUCGUUGAACAACCUCGACGAAGGAAAGAUGGUGGAUGGGCUUUCCAACUGUCUGGAAGCUAUGACCUUGAACGUACCAAUUGCCAAAGCUGAAUCUGAUGUUGAAGAAGGGGAUUCAGGAGAUUUCUCAGAAGAAGAAAGUGUGAACAAAAAGAAGGCUAAGGGUAUUCUCAAUGAUGACGACUCUUCAGUGUGUAGCACAGUGGACUAUGUACCUCCAGAACCCCCAGCUGAGCAAGAGGAGGAAGAGGAACCUGAGCCUGAUGAUCCAGAAGCCUGUUUUACUGAAAAUUGCGUGAGGCGAUUUCCAUGUCUAAACGUAGACAUCAGCCAGGGAAGGGGAAAGAGUUGGUGGAAUCUGCGCAGGACUUGCUACACUAUUGUGGAGCAUGAUUACUUUGAAACAUUCAUCAUCUUUAUGAUUCUUCUCAGUAGUGGUGCCCUGGCAUUUGAGGACAUAUACAUUGAGCGCCGCCGGGUAAUAAAAAUCAUCUUGGAGUAUGCAGACAAAGUCUUCACGUACAUUUUCGUAAUAGAGAUGGUCCUGAAAUGGGUCGCAUAUGGCUUCAAGACUUACUUCACCAAUGCCUGGUGUUGGCUGGACUUCUUAAUCGUUGAUGUGUCACUGAUCAGUUUCACGGCAAAUCUAAUGGGCUAUUCCGAGCUGGGACCGAUCAAAUCUCUCCGCACUCUUAGGGCACUUCGACCUUUACGUGCCCUGUCCAGAUUUGAAGGAAUGAGGGUUGUUGUGAAUGCGUUGGUGGGUGCCAUUCCUUCCAUCAUGAACGUGCUUCUGGUCUGUCUGAUAUUCUGGCUGAUCUUCAGUAUUAUGGGUGUCAACCUGUUUGCUGGCAAAUUUUAUCGCUGCAUUAACACCACCACAGAUGAGCUUUUCCCCAUAGAGCAAGUGAACAACAAGAGUGACUGCCUAGCAUUAAUGUAUACCAACGAAUCGCGCUGGGUCAACGUCAAGGUCAACUAUGACAACGUGGGCUUCGGUUACCUUUCUCUGCUACAAGUGGCUACAUUUAAAGGCUGGAUGGACAUUAUGUAUGCUGCAGUAGAUUCCAGAGAGGUGGGAGAACAGCCAUCGUACGAGAUCAACUUGUACAUGUAUCUAUAUUUUGUCAUCUUCAUCAUCUUCGGCUCCUUCUUCACCCUCAACCUCUUCAUUGGCGUCAUCAUUGACAACUUCAAUCAGCAAAAGCAAAAGUUUGGUGGGGAAGAUCUCUUUAUGACUGAGGAGCAGAAAAAGUACUACAAUGCGAUGAAGAAACUGGGUUCCAAGAAGCCUGCCAAACCCAUACCUCGCCCUGCGAAUAUGAUCCAGGGCCUGGUGUUUGACUUCAUCUCUCAGCAGUUCUUCGACAUCUUCAUCAUGGUACUCAUUUGCCUUAACAUGGUUACCAUGAUGGUUGAGACAGAUGACCAAAGCACUGAGAAAGAAAAUGUUCUCUACCUGAUCAACCUCGUUUUCAUUAUUGUCUUCACUGGGGAGUGCGUUCUCAAAAUGUUCGCUCUGAGACAGUACUUCUUCACAGUGGGAUGGAACGUUUUUGAUUUCAUUGUUGUCAUCCUUUCGGUUGCUGGACUGAUGCUGUCAGACAUAAUCGAAAAGUACUUUGUGUCUCCCACCCUGUUCCGUGUGAUUCGCUUGGCUAGAAUUGGCCGGGUGCUGCGUCUUAUCAAAGGGGCAAAGGGCAUCAGGACGCUUUUAUUCGCUUUAAUGAUGUCACUUCCUGCCCUGUUCAACAUUGGCCUGCUUCUCUUCCUUAUCAUGUUCAUCUUCUCCAUCUUUGGCAUGUCUAACUUUGCCUACGUGAAAAAGGAAGCUGGUGUGGAUGACAUUUUUAACUUUGAGACAUUUGGGAAUAGCAUCCUUUGCCUAUUUGAGAUCACGACUUCAGCAGGUUGGGAUGGGCUACUGCUGCCCAUUUUAAACAGCGGCCCUCCUGACUGUGACCCUGACAUUGAAAACCCGGGAACAAGUGUGAGGGGCAACUGUGGCAACCCAGGCAUGGGCAUAAUGUUCUUCUGCAGUUACAUUAUCAUGUCUUUUUUAGUGGUGGUGAACAUGUAUAUUGCCAUCAUCUUAGAGAACUUCAAUGUUGCCCAGGAGGAGAGCAGUGACCUGUUAUGUGAGGAUGACUUCGAGAUGUUUAAUGAGACUUGGGAGAGGUUUGACACGGAAGGCACCCAAUUUUUGGACUACAACCACGUUUUUGACUUCGUUGAUGCACUGCAAGCACCUUUGCGUAUCCAUAAACCUAACAAACUCAUCCUGAUCAACAUGGACCUGCCGAUCGUAAUAGGAGACAAAAUCCACUGUCUGGAUAUCAUGCUGGCCGUCACCCAACAUGUGCUCGGAGACACUAUCGAAAUGGCAGCCAUGAGGGAGAGCAUGGAGGCAAAAUUCAAGAUGAACAACCCAGGUCCUAAAUCCUUUGAACCCAUCAUCACCACCCUGAGAAGAAAGGAGGAGGAGCGGGCAGCCAUUGUGAUUCAAAAUUCAUAUCGCAGACAUCUCCUGAAACGCUGUAUCCACCAUGCCUCAUUCAUACAACGCUCCAAGAAAAGAAAAGUGAGGCGACAGGAGGAGGAGGAACCUUCAGAGAAAGAAGGGCUAAUAGCUCGCAAGAUGAAUGCUCUCUAUGGUAGCAACGCAGACCUGGCAAUGGCUCUGGAGCUUAGGUCUAGGCCUUUGCCAGCAAAACCUUUUUCCUCCAGUUUUAAAGUUCCAGGAACCCACCAAUGGACCCAAGGUCGACAGAGAAUCGUGCCGGUAGAAGUCGUACAUGAUAUAGUUCUCCGUUCUGCACCCACAUCUCUGCGGAAAUCUUCGAGUGUAGAAGCCAAAGAAUCAAUAAUAUAAUCUAUUUUUGUUUUUUGUUUUUCAAUGCAGAGAAUGAUGUGUUAAACGAGUGUCACCUGCACACAAAGAAACCAUAACGAUGCUCUAAAACACACAUCCCUUUUUAUAGAGUUAAUAAAGUGAUAUUUUGUUGGAGUUCUCUCUUUAUCACACUGAAUUUUAUUUCCACAUCUGCUUUGGAGCAACCUGUUCCUUGCAAACUGUAGGACAGCCAGACUACUACUACAGACUGCUUUACCCAUACUCAGUGUCUUGUGCAUUUAAGUGCACUGUUAGAACUCAUUCACUUCCUGGUAUUACCUUAUCUUGAAAACAUGUCCUCACACUUCACCCUAGAGCUGCUGCGACUUGUCCCUGAUUUGUGUUGGGGCCCCAGUUUCCUUUUGCACUAUUUUUAGACACCCCCCCACCCCGUUUACAGCAAGGAGAUAGAACGAGUAGAAGCGGCGCUGAUCAAUUACAUGGGAGGUAUACUGUCACUGUCACAUUGUGCACUUAGUGCAACUGCAUAAGGCAUACAUAACCAGUACAGUACAUGUUUCCCGUAGUCUCCAAAAACACUCGUUUCAAAUGAAUUAGGGCUGUUAUUACAGUAGGUGGUGACCUAGAAAACUGGUGCAAAAGGGUGUGGUUGGAAUGAAUACAUUAUCAAAAGGUGUGGCUGUGAUAUUUACUCAAAUAAGCUAAUUCAUUUCAGCACAAUUAUGCUGUCAUAGUGCAUUUAUUUUUAUCUUACCAUGCUCUUUUGUACGUGUUUGCACACGUUUGCAGAAUCUUCUCUCAAUAUGUUUCUGUUUGUAAUUAGACAAAAUUAUUUAAUAGGAUAUUAAUAGGAUAUUAGAAGUUCGAAGUUAGGUAAUCUUAUGAAAGAGUUCUAUUUUGCAAGGACUGCUUGAACUCAGGAAAGUGUCAUUUUGCAUGAACAUCAUAUAUUAUUUUUUGCAAUAUAAAACACUCAUAUAGCAAUAGUAUACUGUAGUGAGCUAGGGACUGGGAGGAUCGAGAAAUUAUUAAAUAUAUUUAUAUAAGAUAAUAAAGCGCUUAGACAUUUUACACAAAUGUCACACACUUAUUACAUUUAUAGAUUUAAUAUAUUAGUUCAAAUAGUAUAAUAGAUUCAGUUCAAUCGUUCCUCAUUACACAGAACCCUCCUUUUUAUGUAUGCUUAAUGAAGUUGUGCAACGACGUGCACUUUGUGACCAAAUGUAUUUAAAAACAACUUUUUUUUAAACAUGAAAUUAGUGUUUUUGUAAAUACAUUUCGAGACAUGCUUAUUACAAUAAAGUGGCUGAAAAGUAAAGAAAAUACACUGAGGCAUCCUUAAAAGGGUUUUUCUCAAACCAAGUGUCUUUAAGGAAAAUGUAAGAAAAGAAUUUAACGUCGUUAUAUAGGAGUUAGGUUUAGAUCAAUCAAACGUAUACAGUAUAGUUUUUUUUUACUUGUUCAGAGCAGCACUGAGGAGUUACUUUUAAUUAACUGUUUUAUGCAAUUUUAGAAUGUUUACAGUGUUUAUUGUAUUGUUUUUCUGCUUUAAAUUUAGCAAUUUGAUAUUUAAGAUCUAUGCAUUAGUUGAUCCCCAGCCUGCAGUUUAUGUUGAAUAAAUCUUAAUCCAUAGUUAUUGCUAGUUAAAUGAAUUAAUAAUCCUGGCAAAAUAUUUAAAUAUAUUAACAGUGCGAAAGAGUUUGUGUGUAUAACUUGUAUUUAUUAUGUAACGCAUCAGCGUAACUUCACGUUUAUGGAAGCUGAACCAUAAGUCUUA